CACAGACCAUGGCACCUUGGCCUGAAUUGGGAAACUCCCACUCUGAUCCUAAUAAGUACAUUGAAGAGGCUCCCACCCACCAAUCUAUGUCUGAAAAAGAUAAAGAAACCCCCAGCAACAAUGCCCAUUCUCCUGUAAGCAAGAUAGAACUCCUGCCAUCUUAUUCUACUAUUGCAUUGAUCGAAGAGCCAGCAGUAGAGCAAGACCCAUGGGACAUGCCAACCUUGAAGGACUCUGGGGUCAAGUGGUCAGAGAGAGACACCAAAGGGAAAAUAACUGCUGUCUUACAAGGAUUUGGAAAAGUGCUUCUCCUCCUGGGCUUUCUCUACUUAUUCGUCUGCUCCUUGGAUGUUCUCAGCAGUGCCUUCCAGCUGGUUGGAGGGAAAAUGGCGGGAGAGAUUUUCCGUGAUAGCUCAGUGUUGAACAAUCCUCUGGCCGGCUUGGUGAUUGGUGUACUGGUGACCGUCAUGGUGCAGAGUUCCAGCACAUCCUCAUCGAUCAUUGUCAGCAUGGUGUCCUCUUCAUUGCUGACAGUAAAGGCAGCAAUUCCCAUUAUCAUGGGAGCCAAUAUUGGGACUUCAGUCACCAACACUAUUGUGGCCCUCCUGCAGGCUGGAGACAGGGAUGAAUUUCGAAGGGCUUUUGCAGGAGCAACUGUCCAUGAUUUUUUUAACUGGUUGUCAGUGCUGGUGCUGCUGCCUGUGGAGGUGAUGACAGGCUACCUCUACCACCUCACCAAUGUCAUAGUGAAAUCCUUUAACAUCAAGAGUGGAAAAAAUGCCCCUGAACUCCUGAAAGUGAUCACAGAUCCCUUCACAAAACUCAUCAUCCAGCUGGAUAAAAAAGUCAUAGAUGAAAUUGCUACAGGAAAUGAAGCAGCAAAAAAUAAGAGCCUGAUAAAGAUUUGGUGUAAAACUUUUAAAAAUGUGACUUUAAGCAACGUUCCGGUUCAUUCACCAGAAAAUUGUACCUCUCCCAAUCUGUGCUGGACUGAUGGGAACCUGACCUGGACCUCCAUGAACACAACGUAUGAAGAGAACCUUGAAAAGUGCAAACAUGCAUUUGUGAAUGUCAGUCUCUCAGAUCUUGGAAUUGGGCUCAUCCUUCUAGCCCUCUCCUUGUUGGUCCUGUGCACCUGUUUGAUCUUGAUCGUCAAGGUACUGAACUCUGUGCUCAAGGGACAAGUUGCUGCAGUGAUUAAGAAGACCCUCAAUACAGAUUUCCCCUUCCCUUUUGCCUGGCUGACAGGCUACCUUGCCAUUCUUGUUGGAGCUGGGAUGACCUUUAUUGUGCAGAGUAGCUCUGUGUUCACCUCUGCAAUCACUCCUCUGGUUGGCAUUGGUGUGAUCAGCAUUGAGAGAGCUUACCCUUUAACCUUGGGCUCCAACAUUGGUACCACCACCACUGCCAUCCUGGCUGCAUUAGCUAGCUCUGGAAAUACUUUAGAAAAUUCACUCCAGAUUGCCCUGUGCCAUUUCUUCUUCAACAUCUCCGGGAUGCUUCUGUGGUACCCAAUCCCAUUCACACGCCUGCCUAUACGCCUAGCCAAGGGCCUGGGAAAUACCACAGCCACCUACCGUUGGUUUGCCAUCUUCUACCUGAUCUUCUGCUUUUUCUUGAUUCCACUGGCUGUGUUUGGCCUCUCCCUGGCAGGUUGGCAGGUGUUGGUAGGCAUAGGGGCACCCAUCCUAUUCUUGUUGUUUGUGGUACUGGUAAUCCGCGUCCUGCAGUCCCGCUGCCCUCAGAUUCUUCCUAAAAAGCUUCUGAAUUGGGCCUUCUUGCCCCUGUGGAUGCGCUCUCUUGGGCCCUGGGAUGGGCUGGUGUCUAUCAUCAUUGGCAACUGCUGCCAGCUACCAUGUUGCUGUGUCUGCUGCCGGGUGUGUUGCCGCUGCAGUAAGUGCUGUGGGCUGCUGGAAGAUGAUGAACAUGUCAAAGAAAUCGCCAUCUCAGGUUCUGAGGUGUAUGAGAAUACCACAGCCAUCACUAAGGAGACUCAACCUGGGUCCAAGACACAGGAGGAAGGCCAAGACAGACAGACCUUCUCUAGCAGUAUGGCUUUAUAAUAGAACAGCAACUGGAGAGGAGGAGAAAUGAUGGACUAUUUCUUGUUCUGCCUGCCCUUCUUCCCUUGAAGCAGGGCACGGUGGGGCAGAUGGUUAACUAUCCAUUGGGAAGACCAGAGAACUACAGUAAGUUCCAAGAGACAGUUCAGGGAAAAGAU